AUGAUGGCAAAACCUUGGAGCGAGCACCGUGGGACUAUCACAAAGCUGUACAUUCACGAGGGGAGGACACUCGAAGAUGUACGAAACAUCAUGAAGGUGCAGCACAACUUUGAAGCAUCAAUUCGAUCCUAUCGACAGCACUUCGACAAAUGGGAGAUUGGCAAGUACAAUUGCAAGAAACGCGAGAGACGCCGUCGUCAAUCUCUCACCAAUACCAUGAUUUCUCCUCCACACUCUCCUCCAGACAUGGCGAUAAAGAGAGAAGAAAUGGGUUCACCAGCGUCGUCCUCGAGCUCCAUGAGUCGACGUUCAUCCGAGCAGAAACCCCUACCAAUAUUGAAGCAACCUCAUAUUCUCUACCCAACCUACUUGCAACAGAUACGACCACAAGACGAUCUGCCGGCCAAAGCUGAGAAUAGUCGAGAAUCGUUCGCAGGGGGGUUGGACAUGUUUCGCAACACUCAAGUUGCUCAAGACAUGUUUUCAUCAAGUAUGCCUCUCCAGCACUACUCAGACUCUGGCUGGCAAGUCCCUCGAGGAGCACCCUCAAGCUACGUUGGCAGUCCUCCAACGCCGUUUUAUCGGUCAUCGUUUCAGGAUGCGGUACCGCCGCGCUGUAUGCCUGAGCCAUUGUUACACCCUCGCAGUAGUGAACUCCGCUCAGGACUGCGAGCUCCAGACCUAUCUGUGGGAAGAGACAAUGGAGGUCCAGGCAGCAUGAUGCACCCUCUGAUUGGCUAUCAGAGUGUUGCGCAAGGAUGA